AUCAAUUUUAUUCACUUAACAUAAUGUCCACAUCGAAAAAUUUUGCGGAUAAAGUAGUGCUGAUCACCGGUUCGAGCGGUGGUAUCGGCGCCCAAACAGCUGUCGAGUUCGCCCGAUAUGGGGCUCAAGUGGUGAUCACCGGUCGUAAUGCCAACAACUUGUCAGAAGUGGCCAAACAAUGUGCGGCCGUUUCGCCCAAAGGCCUCAAACCACUGGAAGUGUUGGCAGACGUGAGUAAAGACGUGAACUGUAAACGACUGAUUGACAGUACGAUCAGUGCAUUCAAACGGUUGGAUAUUUUGGUGAAUAACGCGGGAAAAGGAGUUUUUAGUCCAAUCAUUGAUAAGGAUAUUCUCGACAAAUACCGGGAUUUGAUGGACACAAACCUGCGUUCAGUCGUGUAUUUAACACAUCUAUCGGUCCAACACUUGGAGAAAACUAAAGGCAAUAUAAUUAACAUAUCGAGUGUUGCGGGACUUAAACCGUCCGCCGGAGGUUUUCUCUACUGUAUGUCAAAGUGUGCACUCGAUAUGUUUACUCAAUGUCUGGCUCUAGAGUUGGGCCCAAAAGGAAUUCGCGUUAAUUACAUAGUAUCCAUAGACAUCGCGAACGCCAUACUCUUCUUGGCCUCAGACGAGGCCUCGUUUGUGACGGGAAUCAACUUUGUGUCCGACGGCGGGGCUCUCAACGCCCCGAUGAUUAAAAUAGUUUUGAUCACCGGUUCAGGCGGUGGUAUUGGCGCCCGAAUUGCCAUAGAGUUUGCCCGAUAUGGGGCUCAAGUGGUGAUCAAUGACCGAAAUGCCGACAACUUGUCAGAAGUGGCCAAACAAUGUGCGGCCGUUUCGCCCAAAGGCUUGAAACCACUGGAAGUGUUGGCAGACGUGAGUAAAGACGUGGACUGUAAACGACUGAUUGACAGUACGAUCAGUGCAUUCAAUCGGUUGGAUAUUUUGGUGAAUAACGCGGGAAAAUGUCUUCGAUGUCCGAUCAAUGAUACGGCUAUUCUCGACAAAUACAACGAUAUUAUGGACACAAACCUGCGUUCAGUCGUCUAUUUAACACAUCUAUCGGUCGAUCACUUGGAGAAAACUAAAGGCAAUAUAAUUAAUAUGUCGAGUAUUGCUGGCCUUAAAACGUGUGCACUCGAUAUGUUUACCAAAUGUCUGGCCCUAGAGUUGGGCCCAAAAGGCAUUCGCGUUAAUGCUAUCAAUCCGGGCACAAUCAGGACAAACAUGCUUCAAACCCUGGGCUUGACGAAAGAGCAAUCAGUGGCCCGAUAUAGCGAAAUAGGCGGCAAAUACCCGGUCGGACGGGUCGGUGAGCCCAUAGACGUCGCGAACGCUAUACUCUUCUUGGCCUCAGACGAGGCCUCGUUUGUGACGGGAAUCAACUUUGUGUCCGACGGCGGGGCUCUCAACGCCCCCUUAUAAGUGUCUAUAUCACCACUACAUUC